AUGUCGAGCAGAAGAGCCCCUCUUCUAAAUAAUCCUAAUGCCAUCAAUUCGCCCUACCGACCAUCUGCGGCUGCUCCCUCGAAGCAAAAGCGUUCAUAUGCGAACAUUCAACGCGAAGAUGCCUAUGGGCAACCACCCCCAGCGAAGAAACAGAUGGUAGAGAGUAGACCGGCCUUACGAACACCCCCACGUCACCAGAGCACUCACGUACAAGGGGAAGGUCGCGUUUUCACUCGAAAAUCAACAAGUCAACAAUCCGCAUUUGAACGAAAAUGUGUUGUUGCUGCCAGGGAAAAGAGCGCUCAGCAAACAGUAGUGAAGGCUGAAAAAACCACGGAAGAAAACUUGGAAAUCAUAAGGGCAUGGCAGAAACAUUAUCGCAGAGAGUUUCCCAAGUUCGUUUUUUACUUUGAGAGUGUAUCGGAGGAGGCUCGUCUGAAAUGCACCAAGCAGGUUGUAGCACUUGGAGCAAGAGAAGAGAAAUUUUUCUCAAACGCUGUCACUCAUGUUGUUACCACCCGAAGUAUUCCAGCUGAGCAUGUUAGCACGGUGGAAGAAACGUCGUCGACAACAAACGAAACAAACUCCCAAAACAGCCAACCUCAAACAAUCAAUCCUUCUCUACUAGAUAGAUCAUCCGAGUCUGCCAAUGUGCAAUCAGACUCAUUUGCGACCAAAGGAAAAUUUUCUUUCGAAACUCAUAUAAACAGACGGCUGGGCCCACAGGUACAGGACGCUGAAAUACGAAGACAACAAGCUCGCAACGCAGAUGUACUACAUCGUGCUCGCGACUUGCACAUGAAAAUAUGGGCUUUGGAGAAGCUUCAACGAAUGAUGACCACUAUCUUUGACACAGAUACGGGAUACCAAGCAAUCCAUGGGCAUAAUACUCGCAGCAAUUCGGUACACGCCUCAAUUCCACGCGCCGGUGCUAAUCUGUCACAGCUUCUCAGAAACGAGAAACUCAAUGGACCGUCGGAUAGAGACCCUACUGUUGCAUCGAAAGAGCUCACUCUGUUCAAGGGUUUUUUUAUUUAUAUUCAUGACAUUGAUGAGAAGCAACGCCCCAUUAUGGUUCGAGAUUACCCAAAGGUGUCUCACAAGGAAGAAGGUGAAUGGCCGCAGUUUCGUAGCGUCACUGGAGGCAAAUGCCCUUUCGUUGAAGAGCGUGAUUACAGCCAUAGGGAGGAACAAAAGGAGAAGGAGCGGUUACGUAGGCAACAGGAGAAGCAAAAGGCCAGUGCUCCAAGGACAAGAGCAGCAACUGCAGUACAAGACGCUAAGAUGCAACCACCCCGAUCUCUCAGCAAACAUGCCUUAGCGGAGACAAGCGUAGGCUCUAAUAGAAACAUCACCGUUGCGACAAAUCAGACGAACCCUUUCGCGCCAUCCAAAUCCUCUCUUGCUUAUCGUAACGAUAUCGAGCCGUCGUCCCACCGAGGAAACGCCUUUGUAAGUCGCGCUGGUGCUGGACGACUGCUCGCUGGAGAGCCAGUUGCCUCGGGGUUGCAAGCAUCUAAUAUCACCUCGGCUAUUCGUUCACAAAUGAUAUCCUCAACUUCAGCACAGCCAGGUGCAAAGGCUGGAACGAGCAAAGAAGUUCACGGGCUACAGAGGAAAGUUCUCGAGAAGAACAGUGGCGGCCCGGGCUCUUAUGGACUUGCGAGCUCUCAUCGAGUGAACGACUUAAGUGCCGUGGUUAGAGAAGACUCGCUUUCUCGCCAGUCCAGACGCAAGGAGAACCUUGAGCAGCUCGUAGAAGAGGAUACGUAUCAGUCCGAGCAGGAGAAAGUAGCAAGAAAAGCCGAAGUUGUCAAAAAAUUGAAGACGGUGCAUCAGAGGAAGGCGGAGAAGCGUGAUCUCAAACCGGGAUACUGCGAGAACUGUCAGGAUAAGUUCGAAGACUUCGACGAGCACAUACUCUCUCGGAAACAUCGCAAAUUCGCCGAAAAGGCUGAAAAUUGGAAGGAGCUUGAUGCGUUGCUCAACAAGCUGGUUAGACCUCUAAAGCAAGUCGAGGGAGAAUACGAAGAAGACUAUUAA